ACUGUAUAGGGUAAUUCAGAGGGGGGGAGAGGAGGUGGAACAGCUGAUCGUUCCACGGUCCUAUGUUAGCAAGGUGUUGUACAUGGCCCACUCACACCUCCUAGGGGCUCAUCUGGGGAUGGAUAAGACCAGGGACCGGGUGUUAGCUAGAUUUUAUUGGCCAGGGGUAAAGAAAGACAUAGAGGACUACUGCCGAGCCUGCCCCGAGUGCCAACGUACCGCCCCUAGACCGUCCGUACGGAAUCCCCUCAUACCCAUGCCCCUGAUCGAGGUCCCCUUCGACAGACUGGCCUUGGACAUCGUAGGCCCCCUCCCCAGAACUAGCAGAGGUCACCGCUACAUACUGGUCAUGGUAGAUUACGCGACCCGCUACCCAGAGGCCAUACCUCUCCGCGCCGCCACAGCCAAGGCAGUGGCCAGAGAGCUAAUGACGUUAUUUAGCAGGGUGGGAAUAGUUAGGGAGAUCUUGACAGAUCAAGGCUCCUGCUUUAUGUCCCGGGUGUUAAAGGACCUCCUCAGUCUGUUACAGAUCCGCCACCUCCGGACCUCCGUCUACCACCCCCAGACCGACGGACUGGUAGAGAGGUUUAAUCAGACCUUAAAACGCAUGCUAAAAAAGGUGAUGGAGGUCGAUGGAAAGAACUGGGACCAGCUACUCCCUCACGUCCUGUUCGCCAUCAGGGAGGUACCCCAGGCCUCCACCGGCUUCUCCCCGUUCGAGCUACUCUAUGGGAGACGACCGAGAGGGCUCCUCGACAUCGCCCGGGACGCCUGGGAGAGCCAACCCUCCCCCCACCGCACCAUCAUCGAGCACGUGGAGCAGGUGCGGGACAGGAUGGCGCAGGUGUGGCCCGUGGUCCGGGAGCACCUUGGACGAGCCCAGCAAGCCCAAGCUCGGGUGUACAACCGGGGGGCCCAGCUGCGCACCUUCGACCCGGGCGACCAGGUCCUCGUCCUCAUCCCGACCUCUGAGUGCAAGUUCCUGGCCAAGUGGCAGGGACCCUAUGAGAUCAUCGACCGGGUGGGCGAGGUCAAUUACCGGGUACGGCAACCGGGGAGACGCAAGACCACCCAGCUGUACCACAUCAACCUGCUGAAGCGGUGGCAACCACUGACCACUCCGUGGGAUCCAACUCUCCUGACGCUGGCCGCUCGACUGCCCCCUCCAGAGGUCCCAGUGGGGGAGCUGCUGAGCCCGAGCCAGACACAGGACAUGCGGGACAUGGUGCUCCAACAUCUAGAUGUCUUCUCAGAGCGACCCGGCAGGACCACAACCGUCAGCCACGACAUCCGGACAGAACCGGGAGUCAGAGUCCGCCUCCGGCCCUACCGCAUCCCGGAAGCACGGCGCGCCGUCAUCAGAACAGAGGUCGCCCGCAUGCUGCAGAUGGGGGUCAUAGAGGAGUCCCAUAGCGCGUGGUCCAGCCCGGUGGUUCUGGUACCCAAACCAGACGGGACCUACCGGUUCUGCAAUGACUUUCGCAAACUGAACGAAGCGUCUGUCUUCGACGCCUACCCUAUGCCACGGGUGGACGAGUUAAUAGAGCAACUGGGCCCGGCCCGGUUCAUAUCCACCCUAGACCUCACGAAGGGAUACUGGCAGGUCCCCCUCACCAAGCGGUCCCGGGAGAAGACGGCGUUCGCCACACCAGACGGGCUAUACCAAUACACCGUCCUCCCGUUCGGGGUGCAUGGGGCACCCGCAACCUUUCAAAGGAUGAUGGACCGGAUCCUACGGGCCCACAGAGAAUACGCCGCCGCGUAUAUAGACGACAUCGUAAUACACAGCAGCACCUGGACCCUCCAUCUCCACCACCUCCGAGCCGUCCUGGGGGCGCUUCGAACCGCCGGCCUCACGGCCAACCCCCAGAAGUGUCGCCUGGGCCUGGAGGAGGCCUCCUACCUGGGCUAUCAAGUCGGGAGGGGCUGUGUGAGACCCCAGGACGAAAAAGUGCAAGCCAUCCGGACCUGGCCCAGGCCAACCACCAAGAAACAGGUGAAGUCCUUCCUGGGACUAGUCGGUUACUAUCAGAGGUUCAUCCCUGCGUUCGCAACACUGGCCAGCCCCCUCAACGAGCUAACCCGGAAGACUCUACCCGACCGAGUGAAGUGGACGGAGGAGGUUGAGGAAGCCUUCUCCCACCUACGGCAGGCUCUCUGCACCGAGCCCGUGCUCAUCACCCCGGACUUCAGCCUCCCCUUCGUGGUACACACGGACGCGUCUGAGGUGGGGCUGGGAGCCGUUCUAUCUCAGGUCCGGUCAGGAGAGGAACAUCCGGUGACCUUCAUCAGCCGGAAGCUCCUGGCCAGCGAAAGGGCCUACUCAACGGUGGAAAAGGAGGCGCUGGCAAUCAAGUGGACCCUAGAAAAGCUCCGUUACUACCUCCUCGGUCGGAACUUUAGCCUGGUCACCGACCACGCCCCCCUAAAGUGGAUGGACACGGCCAAGGACACCAACGCCAGGGUGACGCGCUGGUUCCUGGCCCUGCAAGACUACCGCUUCCAGGUGGUCCAUCGACCCGGAAGGGCCCACGGUAACGCAGACGCACUGUCCCGAAGGGACGCCUGCCUAGGGCUAACAGGAGGAACCCCCGGCUUGCUGCUGAGGAUGGGGGUGUGUGGCAACCCCACGCCAUUGACCAGGGGCCAGCCGCCGCAGCACCGGCCCCGUGGUCGGGUGGUGGAAGGGAGAUACCUCCCCCUCCACCCAGCUGCGCUAGAGGGAACAUCAACCGGGCCCAGGGAAUCAAGAACAUUGGGGGCACCUGGGGAACCAGGACAGAGGGGCUUUAAGGGCUGGGCACGUGGCAGACAGGGGAGAGGGCUGACGAGGAAGAGACGUGCUGUGGAACCGGCGUGCUUUAACGAAACGUUUUCCCCACCAGGAGUAAGCCGGAGGCGUCGGGAGCUGUUUCCCCGCCGACCCCGAGGAAGGGCUGGACGGUCUGGACCAGGAGGGUUUGGUUGGAAUCCAUCAUUCAGUAGCGGACAGGAGAGGCCUCCUCGUACGCUAAAAGGAGUAAGCCGGAGGCGUCGGGAGCUGUUUCCCCGCCGACCCCGAGGAAGGGCUGGACGGUCUGGACCAGGAGGGUUUGGUUGGAAUCCAUCAUUCAGUAGCGGACAGGAGAGGCCUCCUCGUCCGCCAAAAGGGUUUGGUUGGAAUCCAUCAUUCAGUAGCGGACAGGAGAGGCCUCCUCGUACGCUAAAAGAUUGGCCAGUGCCGUCAAGCAGUAGUGGACAGGGGAGCUUGUCCAAGCCUGAGCUGUCCGGCCCUGGGGUCUCUAAGUCGUCACUUCCAUUUUCAUUUGCUGGUGGCAAGCUGCAGCCGGUGGCGUCAGGCAGUAGCAGACAGCGGAGCUUGUCCAGGUCUAAGCUAAGCUGUCUAAGUGUCCCUGUGGACUCUGAGUCGUCACUUCCAAUUUUAUGCGACUCUCCUGAAGUGGGACCUUCUCAGGAGAAAACACCAGACCCAGAAAGGACUGAAGUUAAUCUUAACGCGACCGGCAACGGCAGUGAUGUCAACAUCACUCCGGUUCCUCGAACAGGACGUGUAUGGAAUCGUAUUAAAUCUGUCUUUUUAAAGAAGCAGUCUUUCAGUACCAGGCAGGGGCGCCUUUCUGGUGCGGCGUACGAUGAUCCUCACCGCAGAAUGCCUAAAAGCGACGGCAUGCUGGACGACGAAGAUGAUGAAGAGGAUGAAGAGGAGAUGCACUUCAAGUCACAUUGUGAAAAAUGUAAAGCAGCUCACCAGACUCCUGAGAAUGAGAAGGUUACCCCAAUGAAGAUUUCUAAGUGGAGCUUCCAGGUACAGCUGGAAGGCGAGGGGACCUAUGAGUGUUCGGCUACAGGUCUGGUGUUUGAAGUGUCGGAGCAGGCUCUGGUCCGCUACUCGGUCCUGUCCUGGUUCCAAUUCUCUGAGUUCCUCAAAGACUCCUGGAGGCCUGCUGGAUCGGUUUAUGAUGUGGAUGUGGACGAUCCAUCUGUGCUCAAGUUUAUCCAUUUCCCACACUCUCUGUGCCUUGCUGAACCUGAGCAUGAGCUGAGCUUCAGUGUUCUGCACGUAAAGGGCAGCCAUGACAGCAGUAUUGAGUCGACGGUGGACUUCACGACGAGCCAUGUUAAAUGGCCCGUGUCCUCGCUUUCUCGUGUGGGUCCCAUCAUUCCGAGCAGUCAGCCGGCAAAGCACCACGGGGCUCUGCUGGUUUACAAGGAGGGGAACCACAAAUACUUCUUCCAAGUGUAUUUGGGCGUGAACAGCAGUUCUGAGUUCAAGGCUAUUGAAGAACAGGUGAACAAAUACAGGAAGAAAUGCAUCAAGAUUUACAAACCGGCCAACUGUAAUUCCCAGCUGGUGGCCGGGAAGAACUACCACCUCACAAGCGAGCCAGAAGGGAAAGUUGAACCUUCAGAACUGAAUUUCAACACUGAUAAAAUAGGCCAGAAGGGAUUUUCUGAAGCACGCUUCGAUGAGCAUCCUCCUUUCAGAUUAUUUCUCAUGGGCUCGGACUGUGACAAACCUUUGUGGUCUGCUACAAUCACAGAAGAGGAUUUGAACAGCGAGGAGGCCAUCAUCGGACAGAGAGAGCAUGAAAAGAUUACAUCUGCUGGUCUGAUGACGUCAGGCAGUAGCGGAGAGGGGAGCUUGUCCAUGUCUGAGCCGUCCAGCCCUAUGGACUUGGGGUCGUCAUUUCCACAUGAAAGAAGUCGUAGCAGGCAUGAGCAUGUAAAGAAUAAAUUUGCUGGUCUGAUGACGUCAGGCAGUAGCGAAGAGGGGAGCUUGUCCAUGUCUGAGCCGUCCAGCCCUAUGGACUUGGGGUCGUCAUUUCCCCAUGAAAAAAGUCGUAGCACGCAUGGACUUGUACAGAAUCGAUCUAAACCGGUUAAGAAGAAGCUGUCAUGCAGUAGCGGACAUGGGAGCCUUCCUGAUGAGCGGUCCUCGUCUCCGCCCCUCAAAAAGCCUGCUAGUGACGGGACGCUGGCAACACACAAAAGAAGAAGAGGACCAGAGGAACACCUGUUAAGGGACACCAGUGCUGAGAUUGAUGAAGAUGAUGAAGAGGAGAUGCACGUCAAGUCAAGUUGUGAAAAAUGUAAAGCAGCUCAGCAGAGUCCUGAGUAUGAGAAGGUUACCCCAACAAAGAUUUCUAAGUGGAGCUUCAAGCUACAGCUGAAAGGCAAAGGGACCUAUGAGUGUUCGGCUACAGGUCUGGUGUUUGAAGUGUCGGAGCAGGCUCUGGUCCGCUACUCAGUCCUGUCCUGGUCUGAAUUCUCUAAGUUCCUCCAUGACUCCUGGAGACCUGCUGGAUCGGUUUAUGAUGUGGAUGUGGUCAACAAGGAUCCAUCGGCACUCAACAAGGAUUCUUCUGUGCUCAAGUUUAUUCAUUUCCCCCACUCGCUGUGCCUUGCUGAACCUGAGCAUGAGCUGAGCUUCAGUGUUCUGCACGUAAAGGGCGGCCAUGACAGCAUUGAGUCGACGGUGGACUUCACGGCAAGCCAUGUUAAAUGGCGCGUGACCUCGCUUUCUCCUGUGGGUCCCAUCAUUCCCAGCAGUCUUCCGGCGAAGCACCACGCGAUGGUGCUGAUUUACAAUGACACAAACCACAAAUACUUCUUCGAUGUGUAUUUGGUCUGCAACAACGAUUCUGAGAUCAAGGCUAUUGCAGAACAGGUGAACAAUUCCAGGAAGAAUUGCAGCAGGAUGGACAAACCGGCCCCCUGUAAUUCUCAGCUGGUGGCCAGGAAGAACUACCACCUCACAAGCGAGCCAGAAGGGAAAGUUGAACCUUCAGAAAUACAUUUCCACACUGAUGUAAUAUACCUGAAGGGAUUUUCUGAAGCACGCUUCCAUGAGCGUCCUCCUUUCAGAUUAUUUCUCAUGGACUCUGUGAAUAAAAAAAGAAAAAACCGUGGCAAACCUUUGUGGUCUGCUACAAUCAUAGAAGAGGAUUUGAAAAGGAAGGAGCCCAUCAUCGGACAGAAAGAGCAUGAAAAGAUUACAUCUGCUGGUCUGAUGACGUCAGGCAGUAGCGGAGAGGGGAGCUUGUCCAUGUCUGAGCCGUCCAGCCCUAUGGACUUGGGGUCGUCAUUUCCACAUGAAAGAAGCCGUAGCAGGCAUGCUCCUGGAGAAGGGACAUCUGAUCUCCGAUCUUCACCUCGCCUCUCUCUGGAGCAUCCUGCAGGUCAAGCAACAUCCAGCACCACAUCCAGCCCUCCAGCUCCCUCCAGUGAAACACUGGCUGCAGGACAUCCAACAUCCAGCACCACAUCCAGCCCUCCAGCUCCCUCCAGGGCAACACAGGCUGCAGGACAUCCAACAUCCAGCACCACAUCCAGGCCUCCAGCUCCCUCCAGGGCAACACAGGCAGAAGGGGAGCUUCGAAGUAUCCGUUCUGAAUUUGUGCAGAGAGUUCAAAUCCCAGUUAUCAAAGGUCUCCUGGAUGACCUUUGGCAGCAGAAAUUGUUGAGUACUGAGGACAUGGACUCUGUGAUGGAGAAGGGGAAGAUCAAAGCGGACAUGGCACGGUGUCUGAUCGACAUGGUUAUCGGGAAAGGGGAGAAUGCAAGUAAGGAAAUGAUCGAUAGCAUGAAGAAGAGGGACAAUCCCUUAUGCAUCACCCUGGGUCUGAUCUCUUCUCCAACUGCUAGUGGGCCUGAGGUCUAACUAUGAGUGUAUUUUUAAAGAAAAUUAUUACUGUCGACUUUGUAUGUAAUUAUUCGACACAUGUUUAGAAUAGGACCUCCUGCCUGUGCUAGCACAUAUAUAUACCUAUCCAUACAUACAAAUAUAAAGUGUACUAAGCUUUUCCUCUCGGGUACCUCCUAUAUCCAGAUAUAGGAGGUUGGCAGGUUGGCUUGUAAACAGAAGGUUGCUAGUUCGAUCCCUUUUCUGUGUCCCUGAGAAACACCUAACCCUAACUGCUCCCGACGAGCUGAUGGAACAUUGCAUGGUUAACUCCGCCGUGUGUAUUAGGGCUGUCAGUCGCUUUGGAUAAAAGCGUCUGCUAAAUGCCCUAAAUGUAAUUUUUGUUUUAUUGUGAUUCCAGACUUGGUAAAACAGGUUGACCUUGUGCCAAAGAAAGGUUGAAUUUUUUUAUAAUCCACAAUGAUAAGCACAAUCUUUAAUCAUUUUCCCCAAGUGGCUGCUAGCAUUGAGCUAUAUCGUUUUUUAUAAAUAUAUAUUAUGCAUGUUACCUUUAUUUUUGAUUGUAUACACACAAAGAAUUGAACUAUGCACAAAAUUCUGAAAACUUGAAGCUCAGGUAUCAACUACAAGACUCCUGACUACUAAACUCUAAGCACAAUUCUACUGUUUUCACACAUAUAGAAAUUCUAAAUCAAAUUUUUGCAAAACUCUAAGCACUAAUCUCAUCAUUUAGCUCACUUGGUUCACCUUGAAACACUGGCCUUCAAAACGCAACAACUAAUUACCAAUAAGUCUCAGGUUUGUGUUUUGAGAAAUUGAGCUAUAGUUUCAGAAAACAUGGUUAAACGAUUGAGAAAAACUUUAACAUGGAUAUAACUAAACUCCCACUCUCAGGGAUUUCACCAUAACAUUAAUAAAAGUGGUUUGUGGAAAAGGCUGCUUUCUUGCUUCAUUUGUUUGACAUGUUUUUAA